AUGGCGACAUCGUAUUAUACCAACGCCUACGAUAACCUAGAGAAUCAGCAGGAACUACAAUCCUCACGGCCUUGGUCAUCGAGCUACGCCUACGACGCGACUUAUGGCCAAGAGGCCUAUGAUUGCUACGACGGAAGUGGAGUUCCUGUCGCUACCUGCUAUCAGCCGACCUAUGAAAACUAUGGCACAUUUGACGAAUACACACCCAUUUCUCCGUCAUCGAGCACGUCUUCGGCUUCGCCAUUGACUCCCGCAUAUCAUCACGCGCCACUACUCUUUACGAAAUUGGAUUCGCCGAUAGAGGAGGGAUUGUUGCACGAUGAGGGGGUGGACAAGUCAGGAACAACCACCAGCAACACACGACAGGCGUAUGGUUAUGACGCGCCGAGUGUGGGUCCAUGUGACCCGCCAAUUUCGUGCCUCUCGCCUGCCCAGACCCAGCUUAUCUCUCCGCCCCCUCCAUAUACCCUCGAAAUCAAACAACCGCAGCCGAAACCAAUUAUACCCGUCAUCUCACUCGCAGCAUUGGCCUCGCAGGCUUCCGACGGGUCGCCCAGCCCCAAUUCACCACGCUCGCCACCAUUUAUAUCACCAUCAACCAUACCACGGCGCCCAGUAUUAACACUUUCUUGUUCGGUGCCUGCCCCGCCAACACUUCUAUCACCACUCGAUUUCGCGCUUGGGCUUCCGACAGCAUCAUACCCGGAUGUCUUCCCGCUGGCAUAUCAGGAGGAGCCAAUACCACCCUGUCCGUGUGCGGCCUGCAUGGGUUGCUAUGGCCCAUAG